AUGCGGAGAUUGAGAAGCUCUUCGGGGGUGACCAAGCUGCGUUUGGCGAUUCUGGACUACAACCAGGAUGGGCUGCUCUCCGGCGAGGAGUUGCGCGCAUGGAUCCAGAAGGAGGACGAUGUGAUGAACGACGAAGAGGCGGAGGAGGAGGCCAAAGUGGCCUUGGAGGUCUUUGACCACGACAAGGAUCUCAGCCUUAACAAGGCGGAGUUCAAGGAAGCCAUCAAUUCCAGAGAGGCCGAGCAGAGUUUGGAAUCAGAUGACCAUGAGCUCGAAGAGGAGAUCAGCGCUCAGGAGACUGAGCAAUGA